ACAUCCGUCACCAAGACUAACAAAGCAAUCAAAAACGCCCAACCUAACCUUGAUGGUUACAUUUUUUACAAUAAAAUCGGCUCUGGAGCCUAUGCAUCUGUCUGGUUAGCUUAUUCACUGACACACCGAACUCAUUGUGCCAUCAAAAUGAUUCACGAGCAUUCACACUCUCGUCUACACGCACCUCUACCACCACUCAUCGCCAAAGAAGUGUCAGCAAUCCAAAUCGGUAGUGGAUGUCGCUUCAUCAUUGAUCAUAUAACAACUGUUUAUCAAGAAGGACAUUAUUACAUUAUCCUUGAGCUCAUGAGGGGAGGUACUCUUGGUUCUCUGCCUAUUCCUUUACCACUCAUUCAAGCUCGGUAUUAUAUCGCAGAACUAUCUAUUGCCCUUGGACACCUUCACGCUCGCGGAGUAUCUCAUUCAGAUCUUCAUCUGGAAAAUGUUUUAUUGGAUUCGAAUGGUCAUGUCAAACUCACCGAUUUCGGUUCCGCUAAG